UUCUGACUAUCUUGGAGCAUGACCACAUCACACGUAACAGACAUUUGUUUAGUAGUAGAUUAUUGCUCGCAAUAGUAUAGAGAGAACAGAUCUGCAAAGUUUAGUUUAAAAAGUUCUGGUGCGUACUAAGGAAGUAUUAGUUAUCUAAAGAUGUUCAACAUAUUUCGUACUUUGGCAGAUUGUCUUCACGUAAUAGCGUUUAUUGUAUUACUGGCAAAACUAUGGCGUACCAAAUCAAGUGCAGGCAUCUCUGGAAAAACCCAAAUAUUGUUCGCAAUCGUUUUUACUAUGCGUUACACGGACCUGCUCUCCCCGUAUCACUAUCAUAGUUACUAUAUAUCCUCAAUGAAGAUCGCGUUUAUUGCACUUAGCUAUCUGAUCGUCUACCUCAUGUAUGGACCAUACAAGAAAACUUACGAUCGCGAAAAUGACGUCAUGUACAACGAAUUUUUGGUGGUUCCCUGUUUUGUUCUGGCUCUGUUCUUCUCUGACAAAGACAGUCCAUUUGAGAUCAUGUGGACAUUUUCGGUUUUUCUAGAAUCAAUCGCGAUCAUUCCUCAACUGGAGUUGCUGUGUAAGAUAGAGUUUGUGGACAAUUACACUUCAUUCUAUCUGCUGUCAUUGGGAUCUUAUCGGGCGCUAUACAUCAUCAACUGGUUGUACCGCUACCACUAUGAAGGGUACUACGAUGUCAAUGCUAUAACUGCUGGCUUUGUGCAGACCACUCUGUUCGCAUUAGUCUUUGUGCGACUGUUUUCGCUUAUGCGACGAGAGAAGCGCACUCUGAUCAGUGUUGUUAUCUAAAUUGAAUUGAUAGAAUUGAUAUGUUCCCUGAUGGCGAAUUGGUUAUUUAAUCUCGAAUCAAUUGGUGAUUUCUGUCACUGUUAUGACGAAAUUCUUUUUUUUUAAUGAUUGGUGAAAACUAAUUAGGUGAAUAGCAUUGAUACCAUAGCUUAUUUAGAUGUAGUUAAACAUUUCAAAUAUGAAGAUAAUGUGUAAAUAAAUCUCGAAUGAUAUCUAAAA